AACAAUGACCGACACAGAGGCGGGGGUUCUCUUGCAUUACAUGGUCUUAGAAGUGUAAAUGACAGGAAAAAAACUCCUUUAUCUGGCUGCCGUGAUUGCAUUCAAAGUAGUAGAUCUCGCAUCAGUCUCCCCCUCCCCUCCCCCUCUCUCUGUCCGUCUUGUUUGUUUUCAGUAAAUAUGACUGUCAUUGAAGAAUUGAAUUCGAAGUUUGACACAAUUCUGUGCAGACUUUGUCGCACUUUUUACCGCAUUUAAAUGCACUGCGUUCGACACGGCAAAAACACAAGGUUUGACGGAGCCCGAGUUACAUAACAAAUCGCUUUCGCUUUUUAUGUAAAGAAAUAUGGCACCUCGUGAGCUCCUUUGGAGCACUCGUCCACACAAAAGUGCGCAUCCCUACAAAAGCACAUGUAUAUGUACUCGCGGUUGCCGGCUUAAUCGUCCACCGGCCAUGUCGUGAAUAAACACCUUAAUUUUGGAUUUCGAAACCUUCGUUUACCUCUGGAUAAUAGAGUUUUCUGUAGAGGUGUUUGUCAGGUGGAAUCUCAGUUCAUACGUUGGCAGAUCGUUUGAUGUACGGUGACAUUUGUAGAAAAGUGACUCACUGGGUAAGGAAACAGGCCCGCUGUCGUCUCACGUUCAAAGUUUAGGACAUAAUCAAUAGACUGUUUGCCGUCUACCCAUCAAGACACAUUCAAUCAGAAAGCGACAAAUGGCACGCCAAGAGGAAGAAGUACUUAAGGUUGCGCCAUAUCUUCAAAGACUUUUGAGGCAUUGGCUUGCUGUCUGUCUAGUCCUGCUAACCACAUGUACGACAGCGAUUGUUAUUUCUUAUAGCUAUUCCAGUGCCAUUCCGGCCCUGGAUUCGUCCAGGAAAGCAGCAGUGUCCCCAUAUGCGCCCUCUGUCGAUCCAAGAAACGAUGACGUCAGUGAGGAUCUGCAGCCUGACGGACAAAACCUCUCGCAGCGUUUUCCGCAGUCAGUCGGUGAGAUGAACUCUGGACGGGACGGCGAUCCGGACAAUCGUUUCAUGCAGGAACAAGCGCUUGUUCAGCUCCGACGCAAGAAAACCAUGAGAGACGCCUGCCGACGACAACCUCUUAUCAAGCAGGAGGAACGAUAUGCCGCCCGAUUUUUCAUCCUGAAAAAGAGCAAAAUACUUUACUGCGCCCUCCCCAAGACAGGAACUACCAAUUGGAAGCGAGUUUUCAUGGUACUUGAAGGGUUCCGGCCAAAUGUUGAGAAUGUCUCGUUCCUCGACGCCAAUGUGAACAACGGCUUCAAAGAAGUGCCACACUCGAGUUUACUUCGGCAGAUACUGAAUCUGAACACCUACACCAGGUUCGUGCAGGUGCGCCACCCGUUCGCCCGCCUAAUCUCGGCCUACCGGAACAAGAUCUCCGGUGAGGCCACGCGAAGCGGGCAGGAUCCGAAGUUUACCGAUAUCUCCCUGCACAUUGUUCGCAAGUACCGCAGGGGGGCGGAGGGUGAGGAUUUCAACCCCGAGACGCUCCGCGUGACGUGGGACGAGUGGAUCCAAUAUCUGACCGACCCUACCGAGCUCAGCAGAUUCGACCCGCACUGGCGGGAGAUGUACAAGCUCUGCCUGCCGUGUCGCGUCAACUACGACGUCGUUGGAAAACUGGAGACAGUGGAGUCGGACUCGAAGUUCCUGCUCAACUACUUGGACCUCAAACAGCUCCGUUUCCCCACGUCUAGACCGCUGUUCCACCAUGGUAUCGACAGAGAGGACAAAGAAUUGUUGGAACAUUAUUUUGGCAAUAUGAGCACAAGGAACCUUCAACGGCUCUAUAACAUUUACAAGUUGGAUUUUGAACUAUUCGGCUAUAAAACAAAACCAGUUUUGUAAUUGAAACUUGAAUUGAUGACUGUAGGAAAUCUCAACUCAAAAGACCUUUGUAAAACAACUUAUUGUAUGACACCCCCAACAUGUGCAUGUGUAAUUUCAAACAAGUGAUGGACUUGGAAUAAAGGUGCUAUCAUGGAAUUGGAGCUGUUUAUUCUGUACUUUAGAAGUAAUGAUAAAAUUUACAAUGAUCCACUGUACAUAAAGUUUCUUGCAAAAAGAAACUGUUGUCUUAUCUAUGUAGGCUAUUAGGCUAUGAACAAUAUUUUUUAAUAUGAGAAGAAUUUAAUUUCCACUUUAUAUUGAAAGAAGACUCUUCUAGAGGAAAGCAGAGACAAUAAGGGUGGGAUUUACAGUUCAGGGAUGCGACUUCAACCCUUCUUCUCUCUGAAAACAUAUUAAUUUCAUGUGAAUCAGCGUACUAUAACGUAAAACAGUAUCAGUACCGGUUUGGGGAUUUUAAGUUUACCAUCGUUGGUUCCUUAUGUAUGUCUGUUUGUAUAGUUAUUUCAGUGUACCAGUUUAGCCUAGCAGUCCCUGUCCAUAGACGUGCGGAAGGCAUGAUUUGAUCUCUCUUGAGAGCGGGUUAGCGUAGCGGCUCUUUUGUCGCUUGCACCAAUGAAUGAGGCCCAGGCUCGAGUCCCCGGCUCGGACCAGGCUUUAAGUGCAUCUGGUUUCCAGCCCAAACUCGCUCUUGCAGGUUUUAUCCGGGUACUCCGUUUUCCUCCUGCCUCUAAAACUGGACCGUCUUCCUAACUCUGUAAUGUGAUGCUGAUUAAUACAGAUUGCGAAUAAAUGUAUAGUUAUUGGCGCAAAUAGCCUAACAAGCCAAAAGCGCCAUUAAAACAACAACUGGACCUCUCUUGAGUAGUCGACCCAAGUAGAUCAGUAUUCCUGACGACCUAUUUGUGCGCCAGCGCGGGAAAGAAGCACUGUAGUCAAGUGGAAAGCAGUCCUCUACAGGGUUAUAUUUAUCAAAAACUGGGUUCAUUUGGUCUGGAGACGGAAGUGUGUUGUCGCUUCAGUUUAAUGUCUAGUGCAAUGAGACCUGUACUACCUGCCUUUCGAUACCCAUUCAAGCCAAAUGGAGAAAAUGGCACAUCAACCGGAGAAUGUGUCGAAGAAAUCUGGAAUUUACUUUGCCGACGGCAGGGUGGUCCAAAAGUGGACAGGUUGAAAACGAAACGACCGCUGUGCUCCCUACGCUCAGAAUUGAACGGUCUCGGGAAGAUUGGCAGCCAACAUUAACUGUAGAGAGUCAAUGGUUGUGCAUCUGAGGCGUCGACGGAUGGCUUCACAGCUCGGGAAAAAAUGUGGGCGAUUCCUACUGAGAAACUUGCAAAUAGGAAAGGGGCAGUCCAAAGCAAGACAGUCCUUCAUGGUACUGCAAACUUCCGACUUCCCAGCACACGGUGUAAUUCGAACGACGGUGGUGGCUUGCCAUCGGGAAUUUCCAUUUGAAAUAAAUGAGCGCAUGGUGAUAUGUCCCCUAAACGAUGCUAUAGCUAGAAUUCAAUAACCCAUUGUGUCCAUUCCAGUAGAAUAAUUGAAUUUGUUUUGGAACGAAAACAGGUUGUGGUCGAAAAAGUCAUCUUAAGAGAAGAAGCUAAUCUGGUGAAUCAAGAGUUUCAAAAACUUGAAUUUGCUGAAAUAAAUAUGACAUCCCACAAAAUAAUUCUAAAACACGUAUUCAGCUAGUAAUUCCAAUAACAAAAAAAGGAUAGCUACGAAGAAAAUAAAUCUUUCAGCCAGCACACCAGGCGGUC